ACUCUAAUUACUUUCCAGUAACAGAGAAGGUUUUACACAGAAAAAUGGCCAUGGCGAUGGUGAGAUCUGGUGUCCUGAGAACGGCCCUUCGUAGAGGCUCUAGAACAUCUGCUGCUCCUCCCAAGCGUGGAUUCGCUUCUUCUGGUCAUCAAGACGAUGCCUAUGAGACGGCCAAGUGGGAGAAGAUAACGUAUUUAGGCAUUGCUGCUUGCACUGUGCUGGCUAUUUUUAACCUCUCAAAGGGUCAUCCCCACCAUGAAGAGCCUGCGCCGUAUACAUAUUUGCACAUCCGCAACAAGGAGUUCCCAUGGGGUCCAGAUGGUCUUUUUGAGAGCAAGCAGCACUAGGUUGUUUGAUGGCGUUUUUCAUGGAGAUAUCUCCUGAGACUUAUUUAGCUCUCAUGUUCUGUCAAUUGUUUUUCAUGACAAUCAUGAUAAUUUUUUUGUUCAUUUAUGUUAGGAUUUCCAUUUGUGGAUCUCCAUUAUGGAUUUAAAGACCAGUUUGCUGCAAGUUCAGCCUUUUUUAAUUGUCUCUGUAAAACUCUGCUUGCAAAUAAGAUUGAAGAAUAAUAUGGAUUAUUUCCUUAA